GGUAUCGCUGUUACGACUUACGAAUUACACGAUCGAUCAAAUACAAGAGAAGGAGUUGGAGUUGAAGGGUUUUGCGUUCUAAAACAUGGCUUCGUCGACGGUAAAGAGCGGCGGCGCCGGUGGCGGCGUCGGUUUGGAGAGGAUGAGCGUGGAACAGUUGAAGGCGGUGAAGGAACAAGCGGAUCUGGAGGUUAACCUUCUCCAAGACAGUCUCUCCAACAUUCGCACCGCCACCACUCGUCUCGAGAUCGCUUCUUCCGCUCUCAACGACCUCGCUCUCCGCCCUCGCGCCUCCAAAAUGCUCGUCCCUCUCACUGCCUCUCUCUACGUUCCCGGCACUCUCGACGAUUCUCAGCACCUCCUCGUCGAUGUUGGAACCGGCUACUUCAUCGAGAAAACGAUGGAUGAAGGAAAAGAUUACUGUGAGCGUAAAAUCAAUUUGCUCAAAUCAAACUUCGAUCAACUCGUUGAGGUUGCAUCGAAAAAGAAAAAUGUGGCGGAUGAAGUUGGGAUGCUUUUACAAGCAAAACUGAAGCAGUUAGCAUCUUCAUCCUAAGAUUAGCUGAUUAUUGUUUUAACAUGGAGGGAAAAGAAAGAUGUGCACCCCCUUCUCUUCCCUUUGGACUGCUGUAAUAAUCUGGAACAAGCAAAUGAAGGGAGGUGCGUGAGAGUGCUUGGCUGGUGUUGUACUUGAGCAUGAGGGCUACUGCAAUGUUCUGGAACAAAUUAAUGAAGGAGAUUACUUGACAGACCUUGAUUGGUAUUGUGCUCGAGCUUGUGAAUUCUAUUGUUUAUCGAGACCUAGAGUAAACUUUAAGAUGAGAUUUUCUUUAAUUGAAUUACAUAAUUAUUGAAAUUAUAUUUAAAUUUUAUCGAGUUUUUCAGAAUAAAAAAUUACGAAAUUAUAAUCAGUGUUGUGUAGAUAAUAAAAACAAGUCAUUCAACGAAACAUCAAUGAUUUUUGGUAA